AUGGCGGAUGAAAGCUUUUUCUUUAGCGAUGCUAAAACCCAUGAUAUUAAGAAGGAUUUGGAGUUUGGACGAGUCUUGGGAAGUGGUACAUUCUCCAUCGUGAGAGAGGCCACCCAAAAACAUGACGGAAGAAAAGUAGCCGUAAAAAUUAUUGAUAAAUCCAACCUUGAAGUCAAUAAGGACUCAUUGAAAACGGAGGUCAAUAUUUUGAAGAGUGUCAAUGAUCAAAACAUUGUCGAGUUGAUAGAUGUGUAUGAAACUCCUCAAAAAGUUUAUCUUGUCAUGGAAUUAUUGACCGGAGGAGAAUUGUUCGACAGAAUCGUAAACAAAUACCCAGAAGGAUACUCUGAGGAUGUUGCCGCAGAAUUGAUUAGAAAGAUUGUUUCUUCCAUCAAGUACUUACACUCUUGCGGCAUUGUACACAGAGAUUUGAAGCCUGAAAACUUGAUCUAUUCUUCUGACAGCAACGACAGCGAUAUCAAGAUUACCGAUUUUGGUUUGGCCAAGAUUGCCGAUGGUGAUUUCUUAUUGAAAACCGCUUGCGGUACUCCAAACUAUGUCGCCCCAGAAGUUCUCCAAAAUACUGGUUAUGACGCAUCAGUGGAUAUGUGGUCUAUUGGUGUGAUUCUGUACAUUUUAUUGUGUGGAUUUCCUCCAUUCUACAGCGAGAACACACCAGAAUUGUUCGAGCAAAUUAUUAAUGGUGACUAUGAUUUCCCAUCUCCUUACUGGGAUAAGGUCAGUGACAGUGCUAAGGAUUUGAUUCGACACUUGCUUGUUGUAAAUCCAAAGAAGAGAUUCACUCCCGAUCAAACGUUGAGCCAUCCAUGGAUUAAGAAAUUGUCUACCAACAAAAAUCACAGACCAGAAAUUAUUGACGAAUUGAGGAAGUUCAAUGCAAGACGUAAAUUCAAGAUUACCGUAGAGGCUGUUUUGGCUGCUCAAAAAUUAUUGGGCAAGUUGAAAAAUAGAAAAACUCCAUCCAAAAAACAUUAA